AUGACUGACCAGACCAAAUCCUCCAAAGUCCUCCAUCGCCUGCUCCUUCACCGCCCUGAAACAGUCACCUCUGCCUCCGGAAGCUACUACACUCUCUCCACCGGGCAGCGCAUACUCGACGGCUGCACCGGUGCCGCCGUGGCCGUCAUAGGCCAUGGCGACCCGGAUGUAAAAGCCGCCGUCGUGGAACAAAUGUCCCAAGUCGCCUACGCCCACACCCUGGCAUUCACUACAAACAGUGCAGAGGAGCUUGCCGGCACCUUGCUGGACGGCAACCCCCAUGGCCUGUGCAGGGCGUACUUUGUCGGGUCCGGAAGCGAAGCCAUGGAUGCCGCCAUGAAGCUCGCGAGGCAGUACUGGGUCGAGGCUGGGCAGCCUCAACGCAGACGCUUCGUCGCCAGGAGGCAGGCGUACCACGGGAGCACCAUCGGCUCCAUGAGCGUCGGCAGCCACGUGGCCAGGCAGAAACCCUACAAGGACGCCCUCCUCCUCGACAACGUCAGCUACGUCAGUCCCACGUACGCGUACCGCUUCCAGAAGCAAGGCGAGCCGGAAGAGGCAUACGCGCAGCGCCUGGUGGACGAGCUGGACGCCGAGUUCCGGGCCGUCGGGCCGGAGACCGUCAUGGCCUUUAUAGCCGAGCCCGUGGGCGGCGCGACAGUAGGCUGCAUUACUCCCCCCCGGGGGUACUUUGAGGGCGUCCGCCGGGUGUGCGACAAGUACGACAUCCUCCUGAUUCUGGACGAAGUCAUGUGCGGCUCCGGCCGGACAGGCACGUACUUUGCCUUUGCCCAGGAAGGGGACGUCCGUCCGGACCUGGUCACCCUGGGCAAAGGCCUGGGCGGCGGAUACACACCCAUCGCCGGAGUCCUCGCUCACCAACGAGUCAUCGACGUCCUGGCCGCGGGGUCGGGCGCCUUUGUCCACGGACACACGUAUCAAGCUCACCCCGUCUGCUGCGCCGCCGCUCUCGCCGUGCAAAAAGUAUUAAGGAGGGAUGAUCUGGUGGCCCGUUGUGCUGAAAAGGGCAAAUGGCUGGAACAGGAGCUGCGGACAAGAUUCGAGCCCAGGAGAUACGUCGGUGACAUCCGCGGCAGAGGUCUAUUCUGGGCCUUGGAGUUCGUCAAGGACAAGGAGACCAAGGAGCCGUUGGCGCCGGAUCUUCACUUUGCGAGUGAGAUGAGGGACCAGGCGCACAGGUUGGGCUUGGCCAUCUAUCCGGGGGCGGGGGCGGCGGACGGACAUGCCGGGGACCAUGUUAUCUUGGCGCCGCCGCUGAAUGUGAGCCAGGAAGACUUAGAGAUCCUGGUUGACUUGUUAGAGAAGGCGUACGAUGUUGUCGAGUCGAGGGUUUCCUAG